AUCAUCGACAUCAGACUUUGGGGUAGAGCUGGUCUGCGAUCUGAUUAAAAUCCGAUUGGUAUUCGGUGAUAUCACGUAUCACGUCGCUUCCCGUGGCGCGCUCCCGAGGAGAAUCUAAUAAGAAUAACGUUCCUGCGGUGCCACUCAGUGUCUUCUUUCGGGAUAGUACAUUUUCGGUGGAGACUCCUCAGAGCGGUGAGCUUCCCAGAACCAUUUCUGAACCUCAGGAGCUCUUCGUACUGCGUGUCAGAAGGAUCACGAAUAGUUCCGAGUCGUACAGAGUGUGUCGAGUGAAAGAGAGCCCGCAGCUCCCCGGAGACAGAGGCCGUCAGAGGGAGGGGCCGAGGGAAAGUUUUCUGCCGAAGAAUUUGUGCUCAUAUCCGGCUUGACAGAACCAUUCAUCGUGGCGAACGCGUCGCAACCGAAGAAAACCAAAAUGCAGGACCUCGGUGAAGAGGGUCCGAGCAAAGCCAAAGAUCUCGAGACCUUGCUACUGGCGUCGAACGAUGCUCAAGCCUACAAGACUGAAGACACAGAGCCCACAGACCCCGGAAUCGACCUGGAUCGACUCGCGGAAGUUUUGGAAAGCGUACCGCUGCAUGAAAGACUUUCGCUGCCCAAAGAUCUCCUGCUUCCGAAACAGAUCGCGGAGUUCGAACACGGCGCAGCGCAGCGACUGAGAGCUUUCGAAGAGAAGUUGAAGAGCAUUGUCAACGCCGAAAUCAAACCGGACCCGGCCUACGACGACUUGCAACAGGUGAUGGCCGCCUUAGCGGUGAAAAAAGAAGGUGAACCCGACGAGUACUGUGAUGAGGACUACGAUGAUGACGAAGAAGUCGACCCCAAUAAUGUCGUGGAUUGGCUCGACAAGGUCCUGAGCAAGUGAAGCCCCAUCGAUACGAACGGACCACCUACAAUGAUAUUCGACGCUAAAGGGAGUGAAGCGUCAUUUCUCGGUCGACGCGAGAGCCU